AUGAGUCAGCCCAAUGAUAAAUGGUCUUCUGAGGCCUACUCGGCAGCCGCAAGCUUCGUUCCUAAACUCACCACUACCGUACUGUCCUACCUCGCACCCAAACCUACCGACAGAAUCCUCGACAUUGGCUGCGGCGAUGGACCCUUGACUGCUCAAAUCGCUGCAUCCUUACCUCAAGGCCACAUCUUCGGACUUGAUGCAUCAGCUUCCUUCAUUGAGACAGCGCAAGAGAAACACUCUAGCCGAAAUUGCACCUUCAAACUCCAGGAUUGUCGUCGUAUUUCCGAAUGUGCUGAAGCAGUCAACGGCAGCUGGGAUAAAGUAUUCAGCAACGCUGCACUCCACUGGAUCCUUCGCGAACCAAGUACCAGAGAUGCAGUGUUCGAAGAUGUUCACUCGGCUUUGAAGCCAGGCGGUGUCUUUGUGUUUGAGAUGGGUGGAAAAGGUAAUGUGGAAGCCGUUCACGCAACCAUUCUUUCCGUCCUCACUGCCAAUGGCAUCCCCCUCUCUACUGCUCGAGAGUCUUGUCCGUGGUUCUUCCCCAGCGAUGUAUGGAUGACACAACAACUUCAGAAAUCUGGCUUUGAAGUUGAAAAGUGCGAGUUGGAAUACAGACCUACUAAAUGUACUGCCAAGUCUGCUGAUGGAUCUGGCGGUUUGGAGGGAUGGGUCAAGUUGAUGGGUGCAGAGAUGUUGAAUGUGGUGGAAGAAAGCAAGCGAGGAAAUAUCGUCAAGCAGGUCUGUGAUAUAAUGGAGACUGUGGUCACACGAGAGGAGGAUGGCAGUCAGUUCUUGAAUUAUGUUAGACUGAGGGCUGUGGCUCGCAAGGUUUAG